AUGUUCAAUGACUCCUCAUCACCCUCUUCCAAUCUUCAUCAAGGCAACCACAUAAAGACAACUUGUUGUGGUUACCAUGAUAAUGAGGGUGCUACAUCUUCUUCAUCCUUGCAUGGAGUUGAGGGAGACGAAUCAUUCAAUCAUCAUCGGAAUGUACUACUUUCAUCGGAUCAACAAGAAGCAAGCCUUGAUUCAGAGGUUUUUUUACAACAGAAUCAUUCUGCAUCAUCUGGUAAUCAUAAUGAUGAUGAUGAUGAUAGUAUGAUAAGAAGGGUUUUGAAAUUAUUGAAUUUAACUCCAGAGAGAUUUCCGAGCGAAAGGCUUGCUUUGGUUGAAUUGAAACAUGUGUUUGAUAUGAAUGAGGAACCUUUUGUCAUUUUGAACAAGUACCUUCUUGAUGACAAUAUAUUUCUUCCCAAUAAUAACGACGAUACUAAUAGCAGUAAUCAAGUUGAAAAUGGUUUGAACAGUCAUAGGAAUGGAAAGCAUGAAAAGAUCAUUUCAAAGCAAAAUUCUGAAUAUUUACAACAAAUUGGAAGAACAUUGAGUUAUAUUUUGAGUCGUGUUUUUAAGGAAAAGAAGUGUUAUCAUCGAAGAGAUUUACCAACAAUAUGGAUUGAAGCUAGGAAAUUGUUUUUUGAUUAUUGCAAUGAAAUUGAUCCAUCUUUGGACGACUCGACUGUUCCUGUUGAAAAUACGCAAGCAUGCAAUAACCACAGCAACCACACGAAAACAUCGGAAUUUAUGGAUGGAUCCCUACCUUGUCAUGAGGCUUUGAAAUUAUCGUCACAAUCGCUACUGGAUUAUUUGCGAGUUGUCAAUUUGGAAAAUUGCUGGAAAUUAUAUUGUGAGGAAUUGUGGUGUCGACUCUACCAAUUUACUGACUAUGCAAAAUUUAGUGAGGUUCCACCUCUAAACACAGCACAAGGCGUCAACCAAGAAACCAAAACACAAAGUGCAAAGUCUUUAGAAGAAAUUAUGCAAUUCAUUGAAAAUGACUCUAGUGAGACGAACAAGAGCGUUGAAAAGAUGAGCAAAAAAGAGAUGAAGCGACUGAGAAACAAAAUGCUCAAGGAUGCUAAAAAACAAAACAAAGCAAGUUCUAGUGAUAAUAACGCAGAGAAUUCUGAUGACAAAUCUGGUAUUUUGCAACAAGAUUGGCUCACAAAAAAGAAUGGAUUCUUCAUGCCAAAACAAUGUCUCGACAAUGUGAGAUAUUUCGUGUGGGGAUAUCAUCACGCUUUUGAAAGUGAUUGGUACAUGAAGGACAUACUCGAUUUACACUUCUCUCAAGGCAGUAAUCCAUUUUCAAGAUACAACAAUAUUGUUCUACUCGAUUUGGAUAAUGUGGGACAGUCCAUCUUCUUGUUGAGAGAAAGAAACUUUGAUUAUGGCAAAGAUUGUCUCAUGAUUGGAAUUGCUGGGCCUAAAUAUUCCACGUCGCUACGAGUCUCUGAAGAAGUUCUUCGUGAGAGAGAGUCCAGCUUGCAUUUUGUUAAAAUUAGAAUGCUCGAAGAGAAUGGUUGUAUUGGAAUGAACGCUUUUGAAAAGUACUUGUUCGAUUUCUAUGAUAGAGGUUACUUCAAAAAGUAUAAGGACGCAGCAGAUUACUUGCUAGGUUGCUUGGCAGGAGCGUUGCAUCGUGUGACAGACAUACGGACAAGAAUUUUUAUUGUUAGCAAAGAUGAUGGAUUGAGGCACAUUCAAAAAAGUUUAAUUAUUAGAGGCAGACAUUCCUAUUUGGUGACCUCUCAAGAAUCUUUAAUGUACACUCUUGAUAAUUAUUUAUUUUCAAACUCUGCACAAUGGGAUCGGUUGAGUCGCGAGAUUGAACCAACCUUGACAAAAUUUCAUUCAUAUUCUCUCGAUGAUCUUGCAUCGACAAUUUCAGAACAAACCUCUAGUCACAUUAACAAGAACGAAUCGAUCGAUAUUGACGAGUUGAGUGAGUCCAAAGUGAGUGAUGAAGAAAAAUUGCGGGUCUACAGUAGCACUACUGGAGUUUCGUUCGAUCGAGAAGUUCAUGAAAAGAUUUUGGGCGAUUAUAUUCUGGAAUAUUACGAAAAACAAAGUGCUGGCACUCCAAUUCGGUUAGAUUCGAUUCGAAUUAAGGGAAGACGGUUUUCAUAUCAAGGAUGGCAAGGCAUUGGUAAAGUUUUAUUCCUUCCUCAUGUCGAUAUUACCAUGUUAACAGAAAUUGAUGUUAGAGGUUGUAGAAUUGAAGAUGACGGAGCCAUUCAACUUUUCGAAGCAGUUAAAAAGUGUCACUGCUUAACAUUGAUCGAUGUUGGAGCAUGUUUUUUGACAGACAAGUGUGCUCGUGCCAUUGCCAGUUAUUUAUCGAGCGAGAAUUGCUCUCUUCAAACAUUGGAUCUUCGAUGGAACUCUAUUGGAGCCAAAGGAGCGAAAACCAUCAUGGACUCUCUUGAAUUCAACACCUCACUCACUGCUAUUUCUUUUCGAUUGAAUCCUAUGCAACACGUUGGUGCAAAGUAUGUCAUACGAAAAGCACUCGAGUAUGCUGCAGGUGAGAGAUUUGGUAUCACUGUCGAUGUCAGACAGACCUGUAAGAAUGAUGACUUGGGUUUUAUUUUCCAUGACAUGUACGAAAAUGCUGUCAUUGACAAUGGUAAAAGAGGACCAUUUGCUGCGCCAGUUGUUUUAGAUUUGUGUGGCAAUGAAAUUUAUCCAAAUGGCAGCGUUCAUUUGGCAAAUUUUUUGAAAAAGAGUUCUCUCAAUAGCGCGCAACUUCAUUUCGAAAUUACACAACUCAUUCUUGACUACAACAAUUUAGGAGAUCAUGGAACUGAAAUACUAGCAAAGGGACUGAUGCACUCCAAGUCAAUUCUUGUAUUGACUCUAGGAAGAAAUUACAUCAAUGAGAAGGGUGGAAUUUGCCUCGCUGAAUUCCUAAAAACCAAUCAUUCACUCACUUACUUGGAUUUACAAAAAAACAAGAUUGGAGAAUUGGGAGGAUUUGCCAUCGCGAAUGCACUUCGACAAAAUCAAGUAUUAACACAUCUCAAUUUGAAAUCCAAUUACAUUGGAGAUUGGGGAGUUUUGGCAUUUGCAAACAUGUUCUCUCCAUUGAAUUACAUUUAUCAGAGACAGGUCAGCAACAUCGAUGACACACUCACAUCUUCUCAACAACAAGACUACAAUUCAACUCUCAUUCAAUUAGAUUUAACAAAUAAUAGAAUGACCAACACGAGUGCCAAAUAUUUAGCUGAAUCUUUGAAAGCGAACUCUUCUCUCUGUAGAGUCAAUUUCAGCAACAAUCCAGACAUGCUCUCAGAUUCAAUCAUUAAUCUAGUGAAAGGUUUUUAUUCACAACCCACGAGUGAAUAUCAAGAUUUAAAUUGUGGUUCAUGGUGGCUCGAACUAGCCGAUUGUUCUCUCAAAGAUAAGGCCAUGCAAUGUUUGGAGAGGUUUUUACAAAAACCACUUUCACAUUUAUUCAUUAGCGGAAAUGUUAUGGGUGACGUUGAUUAUUCACACGAAGUUCGUUCCAUCAUUCAACAAUUUUAUCCAUACAAUGACAUUUUUUCUGAUAAUAAUUCCAUCAUUUUCAUGAAUAACAUGUUUCAUCAUUUAGCAGAGUCAUUGAUUUGUGUGGAUUUGAGAUCAUCCUCAAUUGGAGAUGACGAUUUACCAUUAUUAUUUAAUGAUCAAUCCAUUCUGCUCGAUCGAUUGCAUUCAAAAAGAAAAGCCUCAAAUAUUUACUACUUGAAUCUUGCAGGAAAUAAUAUUACUCAAAAAGGAGGAGCACUUCUUAAACGAAUGCUCCAAUACAACACCUCAAUCACGUGCUUAAUUUUGAAUUAUAACUCACUGGGCGAUGUUGGACUACGAGACAUGAUCGAAGGCAUCGCUGAUGGCCAAAACCACACCCUGACAAGUCUUUCCAUCCGCAAGAAUGACAUUACCGAUGUUGGAGCAUUGUUGAUUUCAGAGUACAUGAAAAAGCAGAAGGAAAAUGCAAUGAUUGGCUCGUUUGAUUUAGAAAGCAAUCUCAUUACGGAUGUGGGCGCCGAGUAUUUGAGUGCUGGCAUUUCUGAUCCUGACUAUUCUGCCAUUUACUUUUUAAGUGUUGAAAGAAAUGCAUUGACAGGAACUGGAAACAGGAUUCUUCUGCAAAGUGCCUCUCGAAAAUUGACCUCAGAUACAAAUUCAGGCAUUUUCCAAACCAUUCACUUGAGUGUGUAG